AUGCACCCCAAAGCCCUGCCUUGGAUAGCCCUGCUAUCACCGACCGUAACAGCCCUCAGCAUCCCACUGCCAUUCGGGCCCUCCCAGCAAGUCCUCAAUCCCUGGUCCGAUGAGAUCUGCCCACUAGCUCCCAAGAUCUCGCCGCCGGAGGAUGGUCUCCACCCCGCGCUUAGAUUCGUCGAAGACGACUCUAUUCGCGCCCAGCAGGCGAAUCGUCUCUCCAGAGCCGUGCAAGUGCCCACCACGGUGACGGAUUACCUGAAAGAUCCGUAUGACGAGGGGUUCGCGCCGUUCGUCGAGUUCCAGGAUCUGUUGAAGGAGCUUUUUCCCCUGGUUCACAAAAAAGCCACCCUAUCGCACAUAAACCGCCUCGGCCUCGUCUACACCCUCCCCGGCCGCGACCCAACGCUCAAACCCAUCCUCUUCACCGCGCACCAAGACGUCGUCCCAAUCAACGAUGCCAGCGACUGGACGCACCCACCGUUCGAGGGCUACUACGACGGCACCUGGCUGUGGGGCCGCGGGGCCAGCGACUGCAAGAACGUGCUGAUCGGGCUGCUCUCGGUCGUCGAGGAUCUGGUGUCCCAGGACUGGACGCCGAAUCGGACGGUGCUCCUGGCGUUCGGGUUCGACGAGGAGUCGCACGGGUUUCUGGGCGCGGGGGCGAUUGCAGAGUACCUGGAGGGGGUGUAUGGGAAGGACGGGGUGGAGUUUGUGUUGGACGAGGGGGGAAUGGGGCUGGAGACUCUUUCUUCUCUUUCUUCCCUUGCUUCUGAUGCAAACGGUGAGAAGGAAGACGAUGACGGAGUGGUCUACGCCCUCCCCGGCGUGUCUGAGAAAGGCAGCGUAGACCUCGUCCUGACGCUGUCCGUGCCGGGCGGCCACAGUUCCGUCCCGCCAGCACACACGGGUAUCGGCAUCCUCUCCGAGAUCAUCUACACACUCGAGAACAACGAGCUGUUCACGCCCCGGCUGGACGACUCCCACCCGUCGCGCAAGAAGCUCGAAUGCCAGGUGCGCCACUCACCCUCCAGCGUCGAGCCCUGGCUGGCCGAUGCGCUGCAGUCCAGGGACCACGUCUCCACGGCCGAGAAGCUGGCCCGCUCGCGCGGGCCCCAAUUCCGGUACAUCCUGCAGACGUCGCAGGCGGCCGAUCUGUUCCACGGCGGGGUGAAGACCAAUGCCCUGCCGGAGCAUGUUAAAGCGGUGGUGAAUUACCGGGUGGCGUUGCAUCAGACGCCGGAAGAGGUCAUGGAUCGGGCGGUGCGGCUGAUCGCGCCGAUUGUCGAGAGGUUGAAUCUGACGUUGGCGGCGUUCCCGGAGGAUAAGCAGGGAGAGGAAGGGAAGGUGAACCAUCUGACGAUUUCGACGCUGAGCAAGGUGUUGUCGCCGGCGCCGGUCAGUCCGACGGGCACGGGCACGGAUGCCGUUUGGACGCGGUUCGCUGGGGUGACCAGAUCCGUGUUUGAGUCGGUGCCCAGUCUGAAGGGGAAGACCGUCGUUGUUAGUGGCGAUAUCAUGACGGGCAAUACGGAUACGAGGUUCUAUUGGAAUCUGUCGAGGAAUAUCUAUCGCUGGAGUCCGUCGCGCGCAGGCGGUGCGCUGAAUAUUCAUACCGUCGAUGAGAGGUUGGCCAUUGAUGUGCAUUUGGAGGCGAUGGCUUUGUAUUAUGAUCUUAUCCGCGAGUUUGAUGCAUGGGGUGGCUCGGCUGAGUCUACGUACGAUCUGUGA